CUCAGUCAGAAAACCGAAUAAUUUGGCUUUGGAGGGCCGCUAAAGGAGGGGAGGGAUUGAGAUAUUUAGGGAGGAAAAUUACGGAGAUUGUGACCCGGACAGCUGAAGACAGGGUGACAUGAUUUCUUGGGUCCGACAUUGUCUGUUUCACACAACAGUGCAACAGCUGAAAAAAACACCAGCUGAACAGAGGUGGUUAACAAGACAACUGAGGGACCCAUAUGUGAAAGCUGCCCGACAACAAAAUUUCCGUUGUCGGAGUGCUUUUAAGCUGCUGGAGAUUGAUGAGAAGCAUAACAUCCUGAGGCCUGGGAUCAGUGUGCUUGAUUGCGGUGCAGCCCCAGGCGCCUGGAGCCAGGUUGCGGUUGACAGGGUCAAUGCCACUGGCUCUGAUCCAGACGCUCCUGUGGGUUUUGUAGUGGGUGUGGAUCGAUUACACAUAGCCCCUCUUGAUGGCGCUGUGUUCCUGCCUCACUCUGAUCUCCUGGAGCCCACCAUUCAAGCUCAAAUCCAGAAAUCCCUGCCAACGGGAAUGGCUGAGGUGAUCCUCAGUGAUAUGGCACCAAAUGCCAGUGGCAUCCGUGAACUGGACCAGCAGCAACUGGCUGAGCUAUGCUUGUGUGUUGUGGGACUGGCCAGGAGGGUCCUGAGUCCUGGUGGCACCUUGCUUUGUAAAUUCUGGGAUGGCACUAACAGCCGCUUCAUCCAAAAGAGACUCUCAGAAUUGUUUAGAGAUGUGAAGACUUUGAAGCUGGCUGCAAGUAGGAAGGAGUCAUCAGAGAUCUACUUUUUAGCAAAGCACUACAGGAAAAGUUGAUGGUGCAGAGUGACUGUUUAUGUUUAAGGAAAUUUCUGUGGCAAUCUAACAAUUUUUGAGAGAGUUUGCUUAUUUACAUUUACUCCCUAUCCUUCUAUCAACUUUUGCCCCUUAUGCUCAGGCUGACAGUGCACCACUUGGUUAGAGUGGGAAAAAAAUGCAUUUCUAGAAUGUCCUGACCACUGAACCUUUGUUAUAAAUCACAAAGUUGUGCUUUUGAAGUGUCAUCGUUGUUGUAAUGUAGAAAAUGUGGCAGCAAAUUUACACAGAGCAACUUUCUACAAAAAGCCAGAUGACAAUGAAAAGACAGUUCUGAGGGUGGCAAUAGCUUAUUGGCAUUAUGACUGGACUGUAAAUCCAAAGACCCGGAUAACAUUCUGGGGAAGAGGGUUCAAAUCCUGCCAUGGCAGAUGGUUGGGUUUGAAUUCAGUAAAAUAUUUGGAAUUAAGAAUUUAGGGAUAGCCAUGAAUCCAUUGUCGUUUGUUGGGGGGAAAAAACCCAACUGGUUCACUCGUGUUCUUUAGGGAAGGAAACUGUCAUUCUUACUUGGUCUGGUCUACGUGUGACUCCAGAACCACAGCAAUGUGGUUGAUUUUGAACUGCCCUCGGGGUAGUUAGGAAUGGACAAUAAGUGCUGCCUAGCUAGUGGCAUCCUUAUCCUGUUAAUGAUUUAAAGAAUAAAAAAAAACUGCUUUUGUGAUAAAAGCUGAAAGUUCUGGGGAAAGCCAAGAGGUUUGGUAGCAUCUGUGGAGAGAAAAGUAAAGUUAAUGUUUGCAGUCCAAUUUGAUUUUACAAUAGUGUCAUUACUGGAUUGAAGACAUUAACUCUAUUUCUCUCUGCUGCCAGGCCCGCUGCGUUCUUCGAGCACAGUGAUGCAUGUUAGGAGUCAACCGUCUGUUCGUAGGUAUCAGAAGGUUAUGAGUUCAUCUCACCCUCCAGAAAUGUGCACUGUGUAAGCUGAUACUCCCAGUGCACAGUAAGGUCCUUCUGCAUGUUGAAGGUUCUACCUUUUGAAUAGCCAUGAAAGGGACACUGCAUCUGUCCAAUUAGAAUGUAAAAGAUCAUGUGGGAUUUUUCAAAAAAAAAAUUGGUAGGGUCCUGGCCAACAUUUAAUCAAUGAACAGCUUGCAUUGUUGUUCGUAGGACCUCUGUUCAUUUUGUUUUUCAUUCAUAAGAUGAGGGCAUUGCUGACUACGCCAAUGUUUAUAACCCAUCCCCAUUUGAGUCAACCACAUUGCUGUGGGUCUGGAAACAAAUGUAGGCCAGAACAGAAAAGGAUGGCAGAUUCCUUCCCUUAAGUACAUUAGUGAACCAGAUUUUCUUUUUUCCUGACAACAGUUUCAGAGUCAUCAUUAGUCUCUUAAUUCCAGAAUUUUAUUGAAUUCAAAUUGCACCAUCUGCUAUGGUGGGAUUUGAACCAGCGUUCCCAGGUCAUUACAUGGGUCUCUGGAUUAACAGUCCAUUGAUAAUACUGCUAGGCUAAUGUCUCCCCAAACCACAAAUGUGCUGUAUCCUUUCCUUAUUACAACUACAAAAUUACUUUGUUAGGCUAUUAAAAAACUUCAUGGCUCCUCAAAGCUAUUCAGUGUCUCUAUACUGCAUCUUUUUUAAUGCUAUAUGCAUUUUUGCUUUAUUAUUUAUGUGAACUUAAACCAUUUUCUUGUUCAGCAAUGGAAACUGUGUAAUUCAGCUGUGUAAUCCUGACAGUACAAAAAUCAUAUAUAAUUCUAACAAAAAACUUUUCUUCAAUGUUUGAAAUAUCUGUAAUCCAUUAAAGCAUCAUUUUGUUUUCAAAAUUUGAAUCACAAUGUAUUCUAAUGCUGGAAAAUGUACCAAUACACAAAUAUAGAAUUUGUAUGAAAUAUCUUUUCUAAAAAUGUAGUAACAUACUUGGCUUUUUGCGUUUUGUCAUUCAAAUAAAGCCUCAUGUCUCUCAAAA